AUGAUCGCGGCUGGUAUUAGGAAUAUGUUUAACAUACCAAUUGGCAUCUCCAUAAAGUACCCGAGCCCUAAAAAAACGCACUCUAUUCAUAACUUACCACCAAUCUUCGAAACUUCCAAGAAGUUAAAAGGCAACCGAUAUGAAAAAUAUAAAUUUUCCAAUCAAAUGAUGGCGAAAAACUUCUUCCAAUUACAACCAUCUCCCAAAGAGGGAAUGUUCAUUGAAACACAAACCGGAUCUCAAAUUGUCAAGGACAACCAGGAAGGAGAUGAUCAAGUAGAAGAGGAUGACGAUGAUUCAGAAAUGGUGACAAUCAAAGGUACUUCCCUCCUCACUCCUGCAGAAAUGUUUCUUUUCCAAGGCAAUAAAAAUCCAAUGCAUUAUAGGCAAAAAGUUAGGAAUAUUUGGAAAUUCCAGCAUUGCAAGAACAUUAUUUCGUGA